AUGGGAAAAUGUUAUUCAUUGAAAAAAAGGGAAAUAUCAGGAAAUGAGGAUGAUGAAGUGUUAUUGCUAAGUUUUGUGAUUUUCAAAAUAUAGGUUUUAAAUAAAAGUCUGCAACCUCUUUAGAAUAUGGCAGAACAUCUUAUUUUCUAGUAACAGUAUGUUCUCAUCUGUUUUAAAUAACCAACAACCACAAGAGAAGCUAACACUAAACAUUGGGGUAUUGACAAAGGAUUCAGGUCCAGUAUUGUGGAAUCUACUGUUUGUCACAUGAGCACGCAGGAUGCCUGGGGGCCUCUCCCAUCCCCAAGGCUGGCCUCCAGGGAGGGACCCAGGCUUUGGACCCUCAUCUUACAUCCAGGGCUCCUGUCCGGGUGCCUGGGGGCCUGGAAUCCUGCUGACUUAACGUCCGGCCUCUCCCAGUCUUAGAGGAACAUCUGGAGGUAACAAGUGUCUUGAACCCAUGGCAGCUGCAGAGAGAUGCCAGCUGGGUACAGGCUGGGCCAGCCGCAGGAUCGCGGGGCCAGCUGGCCCAUCGGAGAGCCUCAGUCACUUCCCAUAGUUUCUUCAUCGGCAGACAAGGCAAUGGAAUGUCAUCAAAACUGUCGCACAGUACCUGGACGUGGCGGCUUUUGUCUAAAUAGAUCCAUCCAGCCACAUGUGAGUGGUGCCACCUCCCCAACGAGCCCGCCUCUGCUUUGCCAUUUCAGGUGUGCAUUUCGGUCCCGGUGACCUUUCCCGGUCUCUAGAGGGGCGAGCGCCUAGUCCUCGGGCAUAGGAGGCGCUUGGAAACCAAGGCAACCAGUCAGCGUCGCAGCUGCCAGAGCCACCUUGCGCCUGCGCCCUGGAUGCCCUUGGGGCGAGGGGGCGGGGCCGAAACGCUCCCGGCUCCGCCCUUUCCGGCGCGCAGGCCGGCGCCCCGCCCCGCAGCCGACCUCUAGCCCGCGCCCCGGAAGUGCGUCACGCCGGCAAGAUGGCGGCUGCGGCGGGCCGGCCGGCGGUCCUGGGCCGCCUCUGCCGUGUGCUGCUCUUCCUCUCACAGUUUUAUAUCUUGUCGGGCGGUGGGUCCUUAAACCUAGAGCACUCGCAGCCGCGGGCUCGGGCGGUGCGGGAUCCGGGCGCCACGCGCACGUUCACAGUGGUUCCCAGGGCGGCAGAAAGCACCGACAUCCCGCCCUACGUGAUGAAGUGCCCCAGCAAUGGCUUGUGCAGCAGGCUCCCUGCCGACUGCGUGGAGUGCAGGACCAACUUCUGUGCCUACGGGAAGCCCGUCGCCUUCGACUGCACAGUCAAGCCUUCCGUUACCUGUGUGGAUCAGGACUUCCGAUCGCAAAAGCACUUCGUCAUCAACAUGACUUGCCGAUUUUGCUGGCAGCUCCCGGAAAUCGACUACGAGUGCUCCACCUCCACCAGCUGCAUGACGGGGUCCUGUCCUUGGUAGCGCUACACCGCCAACUGCAGGGUGCGGGACCACGUGCAUGGCCUGGGUAACCGGACGUUUCCCAAGAUGCUGUAUUGCAACUGGACCAGUGGCUACAAGUGGUCCACGGCCCUGGCUCUGAGCAUCACCCUCGGCGGCUUCGGCGCGGACCGGUUCUACCUGGGCCAGUGGAGAGAAGGCCUCGGCAAGCUCUACUUCGGCGGCCUGGGGAUAUGGACGCUGAUCGACGUGCUGCUGAUUGGCGUCGGCUACGUGGGGCCGGCAGACGGCUCUCUGUACAUUUAGUGGCGAUCGGUGCUUUGGGGGAGCGGUGCCUAGAAGAAGAAGCCUUGGCCCGGAGGAAGUGAUGUCGCGAGUGACGUAUUUGUAUGUUUUUAAUGUACAGCAUCUGUACGUGGCCUGCCUUGAUGAAGGUAAAAUUAAAAAAGAAAAAAACACUGAACCAUGCUUCUCGGAAUUCGG